AAGCAAGAGUUUGUAAACUUCCAAAUAUUUACUAUUCUGAACUGCCGUGUAAACCUGACGUAUUCCCAAGUCAACAUACCAGUAUACCAAUAGGAUGUGAAUAAUGUGUGUGUUGAGUUUAAAACCAUAGCAGUUUUGCUCUGGCAAGUAAUGAAAGCGUUCUCGCUUCCUGAGUGUGAGCUCCAGCAGACUGCAGAGUGGCCAGUCCACAGUUGUAGCCUGACUUCAGUGAGUUCUGAUGUGUGCUUUUUGCAAAUACAUGUUCUCAGAACAGUGAGAUCAUCCAGCAGUGGCCUGGACUGCACUCACAUAAAAAUCAUGAGACAGUCAUGGCUACUUGUUUCUGUAAUACAUGCAUGUGUGUUUUUUAAAACCUAUGAUAGGCCUCUGAUUCUGCAGCUGCAACUUUUAUGGAAUGUUUUCCUUCUCCACAUCUCAUGUGAUGCUCUUAUUACAGGACACAGCAUUGUUGGUUUUGCCAUGUACUAUUUUACCUAUGACCCGUGGAUUGGCAAGUUAUUGUAUCUUGAGGACUUCUUCGUGAUGAGUGAUUAUAGAGGCUUUGGCAUAGGAUCAGAAAUUCUGAAGAAUCUAAGCCAGGUUGCAAUGAGGUGUCGCUGCAGCAGCAUGCACUUCUUGGUAGCAGAAUGGAAUGAACCAUCCAUCAACUUCUAUAAAAGAAGAGGUGCUUCUGAUCUGUCCAGUGAAGAGGGUUGGAGACUGUUCAAGAUCGACAAGGAGUACUUGCUAAAAAUGGCAACAGAGGAGUGAGGAGUGCUGGUGUAGAUGACAACCUCCAUUCUAUUUUAGAAUAAAUUCCCAACUUACCUUGCUUUCUAUGCUGUUUGUAGUGAAAUAAUAGAAUGAGCACCCAUUCCAAAGCUUUAUUACCAGUGGCGUUGUUGCAUGUUUGAAAUGAGGUCUGUUUAAAGUGGCAAUCUCAGAUGCAGUUUGGAGAGUCAGAUCUUUCUCCUUGAAUAUCUUUCGAUAAACAACAAGGUGGUGUGAUCUUAAUAUAUUUGAAAAAAACUUCAUUCUCGUGAGUCAUUUAAAUGUGUACAAUGUACACACUGGUACUUAGAGUUUCUGUUUGAUUCUUUUUUAAUAAACUACUCUUUGAUUUAA